CACAUCUUGGCUGCCAGGAGAAAUACCAUCUUUGAGGUCAUGCCAUUCAUGAAGACAUUUUUAUUAUUGUUUUGUCCGUCUAUUUUUCUGUUGUAGUCUCAGUGGAAGACGUGUGGUCUUGCUCGUGCAAAACCCAUCUGGAGAGAAUCCGUUCUGUCUUCUCCACGUCUUUGCUGCAUUUCGGCUUCCCCAGCUUCCUUCCUCACCUGGCAAAGCUGGCUGGCUCUGGACGUUUUGCAGGCUGAAGAAAAUCACCGUUUCGCCUCCAGCAAGGAACAGAAAUGUGGCAACCCUGACUCCUCCUCUAAUGAAGAAAGAGUGAACAAGUGCACUUGUUGGGCUUCUUCUCCCAGAGCCUCCGGGCUGGGGGAGCCAAGGCUGAGAUCCCGGGACACCCCCCGGUUGGGCUGGGCUUCCCGCCCGCCCGCCCGCCCCCUUCCAUUUGGGUCUAACUCGCUCCUCUCCCUCUUUCUGGAUUUUACCGGCUGUUCCUGAAACAGCUUUACACACGAUGGAUCUCCACGUCCUUUUACAGGAAGUGCUCACGGACUGAGAUGGCAGACUUUGCUCCCCGGCAAAACUAAAGAACUCUUCUAUUCAUGGAGGCGAAUGCUAAGGAUGCUUUCUACAUGAACCUUGAGUGAACCUCUGAUCCAUUUCCUGUGGAAAGAGAAGGGAGCCAACAUGAAGGAAAAUGUGGCAUCCACAGUGGUUUUCAUUUUGCUACUGUUUCUCAACACCAACCUUCUGAAUGGACAGUCACCUCCUGGAAAACCUGAGAUCUUUAAAUGUCGUUCUCCCGAAAAGGAAACAUUCACCUGCUGGUGGAAGCCUGGGGCAGACGGAGGAUUACCUACCAAUUACACGCUGACUUACCACAAGGAAGGAGAGACAUUCACCCAUGAAUGUCCGGACUACAAAACCGGUGGUCCCAACUCCUGCUACUUUAACAAGAAGCACACCUCCAUAUGGACGAUAUACAUCAUCACAGUAAACGCCACGAACCAGAUGGGAAGCAGUUCCUCGGAUCCACGUUACGUGGACGUGACUUACAUAGUUGAACCAGACCCUCCUGUGAACCUAACUUUGGAAUUAAAACAGCCAGAAGACAGAAAACCAUAUCUGUGGAUAAAAUGGUUUCCACCCACCCUGGUUGAUGUAAGAUCUGGUUGGCUCACACUCCAGUAUGAAAUUCGAUUAAAACCUGAGAAAGCAGCUGAGUGGGAGACUCAUUUCGCUGGGCAGCAGACUCAGUUUAAGAUUCUCAGCUUAUAUCCAGGGCAGAAAUACCUUGUUCAGGUUCACUGCAAGCCAGACCAUGGAUUCUGGAGUGAGUGGAGCCCAGAGAGCUCCAUCCCGAUACCUAAUGACUUCUCAAUGACAGAUGCAACCGUAUGGAUCUUUGUGGCCGUUCUUUCUGCUGUCAUCUGUUUGAUUAUGGUCUGGGCAGUGGCUUUGAAGGGCUACAGCAUGGUGACCUGCAUCCUCCCUCCGGUUCCUGGGCCAAAAAUAAAAGGAUUUGAUACUCAUCUGCUGGAGGUAAGUCCAGAGAAGGGCAAGUCUGAGGAACUUCUGAGCGCCCUGGGAUGCCAAGACUUCCCUCCCACUUCCGACUGCGAGGACUUACUGGUGGAGUUCUUAGAGGUGGAUGACAGUGGGGACCAGCAGCUGGUGGCAGCUCACUCCAAAGAACACCCGGGGCAAGGCGUGAAGCCCAUGCACUCGGAUCCCGACAGUGACUCUGGCCGGGGCAGCUGCGACAGCCCUUCCCUUCUGUCUGAAAAGUGUGAUGAACCUCGGGCCAAUCCCUCCAAGUUCCACACUCCUGAGGGCCUUGAGAAGGCAGAGAAACCUGAGACAAACGUUACCCAGCCCCAAGGCCCUCAGAGCACAAGCGUGGAAGGCAAAAUCCCCUCUCUUCAUGCCAGCGGAUCCCAAUCUUCAACGUGGCCUUUGCUGCAGCCCCCCGGCCUGCACUACUCCAGGUCAUCUUACCACAGCGUUGCUGAUGUGUGUAAGCUGGGCCUGGGCACGGCAGGUGCUGCAUCCACUUUGUUGGACAAAACAGACACACGUGCUUUAAAACCCUCACAAACCAUUGAGACUGGCGGGGAAGGAAAGGCAGCUGAGCGCGGGGAGUCAGAAUGCUUCCGUUCCAAGACCGACCAAGAUGCGGCACGGCUGCUGCCCCAGGACAAGACCCCCUUGACCUCUGCUAAACCCUUGGAGUACGUGGAGAUCCACAAAGUCAGCAAAGAUGGAGCGCUGGCGCUGCUCCCGAAACAAAACGAGCACAGCGGCCGGGCGGAGAAGACCAGCACCCCUGAAACCAGCAAGGAGUACUCGAAGGUGUCCCGGGUGAUGGAGAGCAACAUCCUGGUGUUGGUGCAGGAUCGGCGAGCGCAAAACCUGGCUCCGUUUGAAGAACCGGCCAAGGAGGCCCCGCCAUCCCUGCCACAGAAUCCAGCCGCGGUAGACCUGGCCUCCUUCCCCGCGGCCCCGAGCAGCUACAGACUCCAGCUCGGUGGGCUGGAUUACCUGCAUCCCACAGGUUUUAUGCACCCCUUUCAGUGAGAGCUUGAUUCAUGGAAGGAUGGGUUAAAAUGUGAUUUUCCUUCAGGUAACACUACAGAGUACAUGAAAUGCACUCUACCAGAGAAGGCUUGAGAACGGGGUUAGAAUGACACUACCAAACUCCCAGGUCACUCGUCUUCAUGAUCCAUUUUCAACCAGUUGCCUCUUUCUCCAACAGUUGAUUCCAGAACAAAUCGUUUAGUUUCGUGUGAUUUGUAGAGUUAUGUUUUGCUAUCAGUUACAAAAUUAUGUGUUCAAUGAAAUAAAAGCACAUUGCUUAGUAUUCUUGAGGGACAGUGCCAAUAGGUGUAUCCCCUGGAACAGGCUUUCAUGGUCUGGUAUACGACAGAAGGAUAUCAACUAGUCAAAACUGUUUACCACAGGAAGAUGGUAGAUAUGAGAAAAAUGCCAUGAAAACCACUUUUGAAGACCAAUUGCUUAACCUUUAGCACUCCUCUCUCAUUUUAUUAGGAUUAACCAAAUUAAACACAUUUUAAAAAAAGAGUGCAUUCUAGAACACCUGACAAAUUGUUUACAUCCGUUCCUAUUACCUUAAUGACGCAUUGCCAAUAUGCAAAUAAAAAGGAUGCCUCUGAUUUUUUCUUAAAAUAGUUUGAAUUUAUUAAGCAUGGAUUUCCCCCCCCCCCCCCCCGCUAAAUUGUAUUUCAUUCUGAAGUUUCUGGAGAAUAGAGUUUUAGAAAGUGAAAUUUUCUUACAUAAGAGGCAAAUGAGUUUCAUGUGGUGAAUCUUUCUAAAAUGUUUUCCUCCUUCAUUUCAGCAUGAUAAUUUAUUACACACCCUAGUCUUCUGUUAGUGAAAAAAAAAUCCCCAAAGACUAACUUUAAUUUAAAAGAUCAUCGCUAACGGAAGUACUGCCUUACUGUACAUACAAAUUCUACUUUAAUAUAAACCCGUAAGUUGAACAAUGUAUUUUUGAAGACUAUUUUUCUAUCACUUAGGUAAAUAAAACACUGUUUUCUACCUUCCCAGUACAGCUGUUUACCUAUUCAGUGGGUACAGUAUUUUCCAUUAUGUGAUUAUAAGGAGUAUUUACAGUACAGAGUGAUAUAUGCAGUCCCUGUUUGUGGAAUAAAAUACCACACCAACCCAAAGCCCACUGAGGAAUAUGAAGUGGAUGACAAUAUUCAGUUUCCAACACAGUGUAGUACAGUUUAGCCGAUUCUUUUUAUCUCCAGGAUACUUUAAACAACAAUCAUAGAGCUAGAGUUUUAGGGCUCUCCACAGACCAGAAAUUACUUCUCUUGUAAUUUAGGGCUACUCCGGGGCUUCUGCUCUUCUCUGGGUGAAUAUUCAUAAAGCUACAAUGAAAAAGGAGAGUGGUAACAUCUAACGCACUGUCCAAGAGAGAGGGUUCUUGUUCUGCUUUUCUGAACAAUCUUGGACAGCGAGGACAUUUUAAGUAAAGCCAGGAGUUCGUGUCUCUCUGGAAUAGAUCCAGUAGAUCCACUUGCAAAAUUUUGGCAGGGGCAGGGAGAGCUCUCACGUCAGAAGUAUCCAAAGAAAAGUUCCAAGAAACCAGGCAUCUGUGGAUUAGUGGGAACCACUACAAAGGCCAGGGUAUGGUAGUUGGAAGCCCCAAGUCAGUUCCAAGGGCAGGCUCUCCAAGAGCGGUCAAAAGCCUGGAUCUCCAUUUUUAAAGAGAACAUCCAUGACUCAUCGAACUGCCUGCCUCUCUUUCCAUUUCACCUGACAGCAAAUCCAUUUCUGUAUCCGCUCACUAGCUGGAACAUAGAGAAUUUGAGCUCCCUCUGUGAGUUAAAUAUUCCAGCCCAAUAAGUCCAUGUGGAUAGGAACUGGACUCCGAAGUGGCCUGAUGUGUGAAAGUGAACACAUUGCCAGAGCUUCCAGAAAUGCAAAAGUAAUACAUCUGAAGCUCUAUUCUCCCAAUAUGCAAACAACAUGUUCAGAGUGAGGGGGUAUUUGGGAAAGUUGUCCAAGUUUAUUCAAUCCCCUAGAUCCUUGCUACUCAAAGUAUGGUCUGACCAGCUGCAUCAGCAUCACCUGGGCGCUGCUUGGAAAUGCAGAAUCUCCACCCCACCCCCGCCUCAGAAUCUGCAUUUUGCUAAGAUCCCCAGAUGAUUCAUGUGCGCAGUGAAGUUUGAGAAGCAUUGCCCUAGAUGAUCAUUUCCACUAAAGCUUAUUUUAGUGCGUGAAGCGAUCCUCUCCUGGAAAGUACAGGUUGAGUCUAUUUGACUUGCACUGAACGGUACUGUAAGAAAAAGGCAUCAUUUUUUAAAACAUAUCAGUGGUUUAGGAUUCUCAUAAUGGUAGAGAAUGACCUGAAAAAGUACACACAACUUCUAAGAGGUCCAGGGAAUAUAUUCCACCUUGAGAGGCACUGACAAAAGACUCUGCCCUUCACAGCCGGUACAGACUAAACCUUUCCCAAAAAUAGUCCAAUCUCCUCCAAGAUGUGUAUCAGUCAGUCUGAUAGUAUGAAAAUUCAAAAAUAGUCUGCUUUUGAUAUAUAAUUUGGCAUAUAUGGAAAAAAAUGUCAUGGCUGAAGACUCAGACUAAAUCCUUAAAAAAAACACCAGUUAGCAAGUAAAUUACUACCACUUGUUAACUAAAUCCAAGGCUAUAAGUCUAUGGUCAGUUAGCACUCUUUAAUAAACUAUGUUUUUUUCAUUGUCUAGCCUAUUUUCUGUUAAGGAAUCCCCUAGUCGAAUGAAAGUAUGCAGACUGGGGGCCAAGAGACCCAGCUUCUAAUGCUAAUUAUGUUACCUUAGACAGAUCAACUCCCUUCUCUGGGCCUCAGUUUCCUCUGAAGGAAAUGUUAGGCCGGAAAAUCUCUAAUGUCCUUUUAAACUCCGACUCCUUGAUUCCAUAAUUCACUGAAUAGUGUCCUGCAAAGAUAAUUAACCAAUGCCUUGUAUCAUAAUUAACCUAAUAAAUAGUUGCCCUUUAUCAUAGAAAUACAAGUCCUCUUCAGGGAUGUGCUCAUUUUAUUUCACUUGCAAAUCAUCAAGUCCAACUGAUCUUAACAUAUCGCACAUGCAUUUUAUACAUCAUGUAGGUAUAGAGUCAUAGUCUAAGAUUAUGUGCAAAUAUGCGUGUAGAGAGAAGAGGCAUGAGAUAUUUUUUAAAAGACAUUGAAAGAGGCUUUGAUUUUUAGAAAGAAAAACACUUUUCUUAUAUCAGGCGGCUGAUUCUGGUUUGUUUUUUUUUCUCCCAUGGAUUAUGUACCACCAUUGCACAUUUGGCUUUAAAAGCCUUAAGUUCUUAACUAUAAAGGUCAUAUUUUUAUAAACAAACACCUAAAUAUUCAAGUUACAAAGCACACGGAAGAGGGAUAGCCAAUGGAUGAUUUAUGGAAGCUGAUGACUCAAACGGCAAAAUCUUCUCUGGUCAGUUUUAGCAAAUGGGUACAAGGCACCUCAAAUGAGCACAAGUUAUGAUCAGCCAUGUCACUGACAUUUAACAGACUCUCCACCUCCUAAGUGCCUAAGGCCAAUCCUGGUAGGCAGUUAUGUACUAAAUACUUGCUUUCACUGGUUUGGUCCAAAGCUGGUCAAUCCCUUAGCAUCUGUACGAGAUGAAGGAGUUUGACUGUCCUGUAGUGACCCAGCUGAACGGGAGAAUCCGAUGAACAACCAGAGGCACCUGAGCCCCAGGGUGCAGCUUGGCUAAGGAGGGUCCGUCCCCAAAUCUGCCUCUUUCUCCGGGCUGCCCGCCACUGCCCAUCACUGGCAGAAAGACUUGCCGCUGCCUGUAGUAAUUUUACUAUCUCCUUAGAGUAGACAUGAAAGAAACAGAUUUGUACACAUCUUACAAAGUGCCUUUCUUUACUUUUUGUUUUUUUGAAGUUUCAUUUUCACACGAAAAGUGUAUCGGUUAGAAAGUAAAUCUUACAUUUUAGAUAAAUGAAUGAAAAAGCCAGAAAGAGAAUGACUAAACGGUCUAAGGUCCAAUCAGCAACUACUGAGUGGAUUUUAAUUUAUUGUUUAAUUGAAUUGCCACAGAGCUGAUGUGAAUAGUGUAACUUACUUUGACAAGAAAUUGACUCUGGCUAGGAUUUUGGAAUAAGCCUGCCACCCUGUUACUUGAGACCCUCAAUUUGAAAACAUAUUAAUGAACUUCUGAAUAGCUUGGACUUGCAUGCCAGGGCCUGAGAAGGGGAAUGCAUGCACCGUGGAAACUUGCACACAUGCAGAAAGAUGUAAAGGCUCUGGGUUACCAUCCGCAGGGUUGCUAACGUAGAUUUGUCAUUGAUGAAAGCCUCACGUGUACUUCAGUGAACCAAUUUCUUUUUCUCCUUUUUCAGCCCAAGCGUCAUUGUGUUGUUGCUAGGGUAGUGGGCUGAGCACUCAAUUUCCAGGUCGAGGUCAUCCUGCUGCCACUAAACAGGCUGUGUGAUCUUAGGCAAGUCCUUUAAACUCUAGCCACUAGUUCCCUCACCUGUUAAACGAGUGCAUUGGCCUAAAAUAUUUCUAAGACCCCUUCCGGCUCUAACUGUCUUUGAUGCUCAUGAUCUAAGUAAAGUCCAGGGUUUCUGUAGAAGGCCCAGGGACAGCGCAGGGAAAUAUUGCUGGUGUGGCCUUAACCUGAAGCAGUGGACAAUGUGGCUGUGACACCGCUGAAGAGAAAAACAGACCCAUUCCUCCAAGUCAGAUCGAUUUCAGUUAGCAUCCUUGCUUCUUCUCUUCUGCUUAGCUGUCCAUCUUGUAGCUUCUUAUGCUCUCACUCCAGGGCCUUUAUUUUUCCUACGAGUUCAUUAUGUGCAGUAGCAACCAUAGGAUUUGCAAGAAACUAAAUUACGCAUAAACGAUGACUUUGGCCUGAGUCAAAGGACUGAGUCAGACGUUAAGUCAGCCACACAGAUAUCAAGGCCCAGGUUGAGGGUCACAAGUUACCCCAUUUAAAGGUCCUCAGGCUUAGAUAUUCUAGCCCAAUUCAUUCAUUCAAAGGCCAUUAACAAAUCCAGCUACAUUGACGACUCGGCCGUGGAGGUCUUAAGCAGAAACUUAAAAAUACAAAAUGAUUGCUUGAGAGCUUAUGACCUAACCAGAAGUUCUACUUAUAGUUAUGGCCUGGACUUAUUUCAUGAUCAGUAUACAUGUCAUCUGCAAAUCAAACAGGAGUUCUCUCCCUAGAUUUGUGUCUUUCAAGAAGGUGAUUUUUGGUCUGAGACCAUUACAUGGUAUCUAUUUCAAUAAAAGGAAAGAGAUAGAAAGGGUGUUUCCAAAUGUUUGGGCACCUUAGGAUUCCACAAAAUGCCGAGAGUAGCCUGCUAAACCCAAAUUUUAUUGGACAUAGUCACUCUAUAAUCUAUUCAGUGUUCUGAGUUUAUGGCUAAGAGAUGCACGUAACUCACAAUACCAUAUGCCCAUGACUGUUUUGUCCACAUUGAUUCCUUUGAGUUAUGCUCUGAUUUCAUGUCAGGAAGCACUGAGAUGUGUAAAGGGGAAAAACAUGUACUGUUUACACGGUUGUUGUCAGUGAAGAGAGAGACCCUUAGAUAAUCACAGUCUAUUAGUUAACUUUUUACCUGCUGCUGAUUAAAAAGAAAAAACACUUAACUCUAAAAACUUUAGCUACUUAAGUAGUAAUAUCAGAAAUGAUAGUUUAAUAGUUAUGGUCAAAUGAUGCUUCACCUGGAUACACUUCAAGGUCCAGUCUGAUUUUUUUCCAUGCAAAUUUCACAAAUCCUGAGGGGGGAAAAUAUCUUGUUGUUGUGUUAUCUGAAAUUGAAAAACUAUAUGGCAAAGAUUUUCCUGAACAGCAAUUUGUUUUAUAAAAUUCCUGAUAAAAUGAUUUUGAAGUUUUAAAAGUAAUUACCUCCCUUCUUGUUCUAAUAUCCUUCCUUCAAACUGCUUAUCAUUUAGAGAUGAAAGAUGUCACAUCUCCCACUUUGACUAUUUUCAGUGCCAUAGUUGUGUAUUUGCCAUGUGAUAUUCCUGACUUUAAAGUAACUGUUAUAUGAUUUUAUAUUAUAUUGCUUUAUGUGGUUCAAAAACUGUAUGACACAUUGAAAUAUAUAAUCCUCCUGUUGUGAAACUCACCAUGUAAUACAAAAGAAAAUAAUUAUUUAAUGACUUAGAAUCUAUGUAUAUGUAUUUCAGUAUGAUUGUUUCUAUGUCUGGAAAACAAAACUGAAAAAAAUAUGUAAUCAUAUCUUUCUGAUGAAACCAUGAAUGUACUCAUUCUUUUCUUGAUCUUUGUCUAGAAGUAGUGUAAGUUGCCCUCGUACAGCUGCUCUGGGGUAAGUGUUUAACGUACAAUCCAACAACUGUUUAAAAGUCAACCCCCCCAGCUUUGCUUCACGUGACCUCUUAUACUACUUGAAUGUUAUUUGCAUCAUGAGGCUUGUUCUUCUGCUUGAUCAGUCAUUUCAGACAAUUUCUGUGUCUCACACGGAAACCGAAGCAACCUAUAGAACCGGACUGUUAGGUGAUCUGUGUCUCCUGUAAAGCCAUAUUGAAGUAAAGGCUAUGGAAUAGCAAAAGGUUCCAUAUUUUCAAAGCUACCACUACCUCUGCUUUUUCUCUCUUCCUAGAAAAUGCCAAGCAAAAUUCUUAAACAUUACAUAGGAAAUUAGAAGUGAUUGUUAUAAUAUGUUACUGGGGUUUGGUUUUGUUUUUACAUGAGAAUACACCUAAUUCACCAGUCAGUAGGUUUAUGCUAGGUUUUCUCAAUAACCAUCUUUCCCUUUUAUAAAAACUGGCUGAUGAAUAAGAGCCAGAAAGAAUACAUAGUAAUUCACCAGGUAAAAAACCAACAAAACUAUAGAUGCAGAUAUUUUCCCAACCGUAAGUCACCUCAAGGUGGUUACCCAAAGCCACGAUAGCGACAUUUCUCACAAUUUGACUUCCCUAAAGCCCCUAGAAAUAAAUCUUUUCCUUAUUUGAUUUUUUUUUUUUUUUUUUUUUUUUUGCCGUCACUGAUGUGGCCUCUCCCGUUGUGGAGCACAGGCUCCGGACGCGCAGGCUCAGCAGCCACGGCUCACGGGCCUAUCAGCUCCGCGGCAUGUGGGAUCUUCCCGGACCGGGGCACAAACCUGUGUCCCCUGCAUCAGCAGGCAGACUCUCAACCACUGCGCCACCAGGGAAGCCCCUCCUUAUUUGAUUUUAACCAUCAAAGGUAUUAUGGUAUGGGGAAAAUCAGCCAUAUAUCAGAAAUAAUCUUGUUUUGAUUUUAAAAACUCACUUCUACAUGAACUUAUUGUAAUGCCUAUUUUUUUAGCCUUAAAGAAUUAUAGAAGACUAUAGUCAUCUGAUUCAUCUUGCAUCUUUAAUUCUGUAAAUCUUUGGUUAUAGCACAUUGUGCUUUCUCUUUCCCAUGGAUUUAUUCAUUUGUCUCCUUCCAUUUUGAGGGGGCAACAUGGACAGUUAAAUCCUUGUCAGCAGUAUGGGAGAUUCUGCUAAUUGCUAUUGCCAGAACAUCUUCAUUUUUACUGCACGCCAGAAACAACGCUUGCCAAACAAAAUCAUCCCAGUAGCAUAUGAUCAUUAUAUUUCUAUUCAUGCUGUUGAAAACACCCAGCUCAGUGCCUGGCUCAAUAAAUGUUUAUUCCCCUUGCCUCCCCUUCCUCUAUUUAUUUUUAUUUGAUAUGUAAAUAGCAAAAUAACACAUUCAUGGCUGAAACAAUUUUCUUGAUGGAUUUUUGCUGCUAAGGAUCUAUAAUCCAGAAAUUGUUUAUGUAGAUUGGACCAAAACAGUUUUCCUCCUUUCUCUUCACCUUUCCAUAUGAUUGCAAAACAUAAUCUUCCUGCACCCAUCCCUCACACAAGAAGCUGCUAAAAAAUAACGUGAGAUGGAAUCAGGCACAUGGAGAUCAGAUCAGAGAAGCUCAUUUAAGUAUUAUAAAAUACAGGUAAAACCAAGCCAUUAAAAAAUGGGAUGCUUUUGAACAGUAUGAUUCAUCCAUAUUACUAACGACAUCUUUUCUGACCAAAUUCAUUGGAUUAAGUGUAAACUGAUAACUUUUUACUUUUAAUGGAUCUAGAUCUAGGAAUCUUUACCUACUGUUCAUGCUUGUGUUACAGAAUUGUGGGAUGGUGUGGGGUUUGCUUUACAAAUUCUUCUUUGCCUCCUAAAUCCCCUAAUGCCAUGUCUUACCAGGGAAUGAGAAAUUUCUCAUUUAGUGAGUAUCACUCCCUAAAACUUGGCUUCUGUCAAAGAAACACUGACUCCCCCAUGCUUACAUUGGUGCCACCUGCCUUUAAUUACUGGACAUACUUUUACUUCUAAGCUGGAAAAAAUUGUAGUGUUAGUCACCAGACACGGUGUUCAUAUAAUUAAUGACGAGUUGGAAAAGUAAUGUGUAGCUAAUUUUCCAAAAUUAUCACAUGUGCUUUCCUAAAAGAAAACAGAAAUUAUAUGUUGCCACAUCCCGCCAGAACCGUAUCUGAAACCUUAAUCCCACUAAACUCUACAACUUACUAACCAACUUUUACACAUUCUAAAUCCCCCACUGUUUUGAGGGACUGGGAGAUAUAAUAUCUAUUUAACAGAAACCUUGAAAUCUUGGGGCUGGGAGAUAGGGCAGGACUAUAGGAAAUGGGGUUUUUGAAAAGCCUCCAAUGGGACCUUACUGGCCAGGGAAGCAGAUUCUUGCAGAUUUACUUCUGAGAAUCCUUCUGAAGAUUGCAAAUGAGACAAAACCCGUACUAUAAAACAUAUUCCACUUUGGAGGUCUCGACACUUAAAUUAGGAUUCUUUUGUCUACAACCUCGCCUACUCACCUCACCCCUCAACUCCUGCUGCCCAUACAAGUGUUAAGCAUUUUUCUCUUAUUAUGAUCAGGUUCACAUUAAAACUUACACUUACGAACAGACUUGAAGCACAGAUAUUUUUACGAAUGCGAUUAUUAUUAUUAUUACUUAAAAUAUUUUUUAAGUAAAGGCUAGAGGGUGUUAGUCAAACACCACAUGGAUUGUUGGUUGGCGAACACUGGUAUAAGCUAAGGGAGCUCAGGAAUUUUUAUUACUGUAUUUAUAAAUGUGUUUGAAAGAAUUUGUAAACAUCACAGGUACAUUUUUAAGGUGACACACAUUCACUGCAUAAAUUAUUAGAAAUUAUAAAAUGAGCUUCAAUGACAUUUGCCAGUAGUUUUGCUUCACAUGAUCAAUAUUGAUAUUGUUACUGAACUAUGUAAUCUCAUGAUACAUUUUUCAAUACUUUUUCAGAGCAACUGCUUUUGCAAUGGUAGCAAUGGUUAAUUUAAAUCGAAUCAAUAAAUUACUUCCUAAGCAAUGAUUUUUGGAGGGUCUUUUUCUAUAUAAGUGAAACACAUAUUUUAUAUAUAAUGUAAGUUUGCGGGGGGCGGUUUUCUUUGUUUCAGCAAACUUUAUUAGGACAUAUUUUUUUUUAAAGAAGGAAAGAAACAGCAAUCUAAAUACUAACGCAGACACAUGCUAAAAUAUUUGGUUUAGAACGCUCAUCCAAGGCGUUUUUUUUUUUCCAGGCAUGCAUUCUUGUACUCCUCUUUCAACAUAUUCUCUGAUUUUAUUUCCUACUAAUUCUAAAUCAAAACUGACAUCUUGCUUCCAACCCAGCUAAAUCCUACAUCUUCUCUUUCCACUGCCCUCAAGUUCCUCCAGUCUUCAGCCAUUUGCCAGACCCAAGCUUUAGAAAUGCAAACAUGCUUGGAAGCACUCAGAAGUUCCUUGGGUCUUCUGGGAACAGCGAAGAUGAGAGGUUCCAAAUCUGAUAAACAACCGACUCUCCCAAAUGAAGUUUAAGCCACAAAUCUCGCACCGACAACGCACAUUUUCUUUUGUUUGCUUCCUCCUACCUGGAAUUAUCCCAUGUCUCCACUUAGAACUCCAGCUGUAAUUGACUCUUCCAUUUAUAAUAUUUUGUUUAUUGCAUAAAAUAUUUCAUACACACUUGAAAAUUAGGGAGGAUGAUACAACAAAGAUCCACUUACCAACACCCAAAUUUCACAAAUAUUACCUUUUUCUAUACCUUUUCUUUUUUUUUUUAACAUCUUUAUUGGAGUAUAAUUGCUUUACAAUGGUGUGUUAGUUUCUGCUGUAUAACAAAGUGAAUCAGUUAUACAUAUACAUAUGUCUCCAUAUCUCUUCCCUCUUGCGUCUCCCUCCCUCCCACCCUGCCUAUCCCACCCCUCUAGGUGGCCACAAAGCACCAAGCUGAUCUCCCUGUGCUAUGCGGCUGCUUCCCACUAGCUAUCUAUUUUACAUUUGCACACCUUUUCUUUUUAAUAAAUGAAACAUGAUGGAUGCAGGAACUGGCAUCCCUCAAUAACCAAAUUCUCUAUCUCCCUCUCCAGUGGUAUAACCACAAUCCUGCAGGUGUAUAUCCUUCCUGGCCAUUUAAAAAAUGCAUUUACUUCAUACAUAUGUAUCUGUAAACAAUAUAUACAAUUUUUCUGGUGUUUAUAAAUUUUACAUAGAUAAUAACAUAGAUCAUUACUCACCUUGAUUUUUUUUCAUUCAGCAUUGGGUUUUUGAGAUCCAAAUAGCUCCAGUUGAUUGGUUUUUAUCUGCCGUAUGCAGUUGUGUACCUAUGUAAAAUGUAUUUGUUAAUCCCUGUGUUGAUCAACUCUCCAUUUCCACUAUUAUAAAUGACUCUGCAAUGAAUAUUCUUAUGCAAGUUUCACAUUUUAAGUGUUUGCAAGACUUUCUCCAGGAUGUCCCUCUAGAAGUGAAAUUAUUGGAUCAUAUGGGACACAUAUCUUAACAUUUUCUCAAUACUGAUAAAUUGCUCUCAAAGCGGUUGUACCAAUGUCUACCCCAGUCAGCAGUGUAGGAGUUCACUCCUUAAUCAUUACCUAGUAUUGUCAGAUAUUUAAUUUUUGACAAUUUGAUGAGCAUAACAUAAUUUAUUGUUGCUAUUUUAAUUUUCAUUGUCCUAAUGAAUCCAUUCUGGAUCUGAAUAACUCAUCCCUGAUUUGCUUAUCUUUUAUGCCAUCUGUGUCUCUACAUAAGCACAAGUCCUAAGUCUGGGCUUCUAUUCCAGUCCAGUGGUCUCUUUAUCUAUCCAUGCUCCAAUGUCCCCUGUUUUAUUACUCUAGUUUUAUGCAGUCUUGUUAUCUGGUAAAUUAAUUCCUACACCUCCAUACCUUCUUCAAAAUUAUUCUGGAAAUUCUGGACCAUUUACUCAUCACAUGAAUUUUGAGAUAAGCCUAAAACUUGUUCUGGGAUUCAAAUUGUCGUUAGUAGAAUUUAUGUAUUAAUUCUGGGAGAAAUCACAUCUUUAUAAUAUUGUUUCUUCCUAAUCACGAACAUGGUUUAUCACUUCAUUUACUUUUGUUUUUAAUAAAGCUUUACGCUAUUCUUCAUAAACAUCUACAUGUGUUUUAUUAGAUUCAUUCCUAGGCACCAUAAUAUUUUUGUUGCUAUUGCAAAUGGUAUCUUUUUAAAGAUUAUCUUAUUCUAAGUGGUUGCUGCUUGUAUAUAGGAACCACUGGUUUUUUCAUAUCGAUCCUAUAUCCUGAAACCUUAUUGAACUCUAAUUAUUAAUCCUUGCAAUUUGUAAGUUUUCUUGGAUUUUCCAUUUUUACAACUAUAUCAUCAGAAUGUAACAACUGGGUUUUCUUAUUUUCUGAUCCUUAUAAUACUUAUAUCUUUUUCCUGAUCUAUUUCUUGGGGUUGGAUUUCCAGUACAAGGUUGAAUAGAAGCAGAAUAGUGGACAUUCUUUGUUGAUCCUGACAUUAAAGAAAAUGCUACUAAAAGUUCACUAUUAAGUAUGUUUCCUGUAGGUUUUUGCAGAUAUACUUGGCUAUGUUAAGGAAACUCCUUUCUAUUCCUUGUUUGCUAAUAUUUUUUUGUCUUGAAUUGGUGUUAAAGGCUCUCAAAUUUAUUUAUAUGAUAAUGUGACUUUUCUCUGUUAUUCAGUUAACAUGUAAAUUAUAACAAAGAAUUUAUUUAGAAAAAAUACUUUAAUAUUAAAUUACCCUCACAUUCUUGGAAUGAA